GGAGCCUGUCGGCCUAGGGAUGAGGAAGAGGGAGCCUCUGCCAGAGACUAAACCCUGCCAUUCACAGCUGUGUUUGUCUCGUGUCCUCCCUCAAUAAGCCACCAUGAAUCCCUGCCUGCCCCUGCAAAGAUCAACUCCAACUGGUGCGGAAAGCCUUAGAGCCUGGCCCAGAGCUUCCAACUUGGCUCUCCAUCCUUCUGCUCACAGCCUAGGUCCAGCCAGACAGGCUGCCUUGCUCUUCCCCACACGUAACCCUGUCCUAGGCACCCACAGGAGCCCCUUCCUCACCCUUAACCUCACACCCCUUUGUUUCCCUCCAGUCUCAGCCCCCUUUCACCCCUUACUCAGUUAUAUAUCAAGGCUUCCCUAUGGCCUCCAGCAUCAAAAUGCUUGUUUGGCAUUCAAAACCCCUCAUAAUCUGGCCCUCUUCCCUUUCCCUGUCUUAGCCUUAGCCUUCCCUCAGCUUCCCUUUUAGAUGGGACCAGGGGGCCUUUCCCCUUUAUUUUAAGUUUCUUGGAUGAACUUUAAUUUAUAGAAAACCAAAUAACAUGUGAAUUUUUAUCUGCACCAACCCGGAAAGGAGGAUUGUACCCCAGGCUAUGAAUCUGUUCUUUGUGGCUCACAUCCUAGAAGAAAGAAGAUCCUAAAUUCAGUGCUUGGCUUUCCAAGCGGCCCUGCUUGCUUUUGCCUCUGAAUUUCCUUCUUUUUAAGGCAUUAAAAAACCUGUUUCAUUGACUACUUUUCUUCUUUUUUCUGGGUAGUACUAUUGAUUACUUUCUUCUCCCAAAUACACUGAGAGAAAACCCUCUUUGUGGCUAGUGAAUGUCCUCAAGUGAAAAUGAAGCCAUCCCUUUGUCAUGGUUGACACCUUGCCUUGCUCUCCUCUGCAGCCUCCACCUCCCACACCAGCAGAACCAUCCCAGGACUUAACUAUUGAGUACAGGGAGAAGAGAGGCCAACUUGCUGGCACAGGAUUGUCCUGUCAGUGACUACCUGAAUGACGUCUCCCAGCGAGCAGGAGCCCAAAGGGAUGUUUGAAUGCCAGUUAUGUGGCUUGACCGCACCAUACAGCUACGUGGGGCAGAAACCUCCCAACACCCAUACUGUUGUCCUCCUGGAGGAAUGCCAUGUGCUGAAGGAUCCUUUCACCUUGGACAAAGACAAAUUUCUGAUCCUGGGCUCACCAUGUAGCCUCUGCAACAAGCUGGUGUGCGUGGGCCAGGAGUGUAGCUUAUACUACUCGAAAAGAUUUUGCCUCCCCUGUGUUCAUGAGAACCUCAGUGCUUUCCCUCAGGAGAUACAGCAAGAAGUGGAAAAGAGACGUGCUCCAUCCAAAGCUGCUUCCAAGAAAUCUGACUCAAGAACCUUGCUGUGAGGUCUUUGCUGGAAUAGAGGUCCUGACUGCUCCUUGUUGUCUUGACACAUUUUUCCAAUUUGCUCCUAUCAACUGUGGCCCUAAGAAAACAUGGGGUUCCAUUGGCCCUCAUCAUGAUUUCUAAAGGGGACUCUAUGGGAUGUUUCUCAUGUUGCUGCAGUCAUUGUUUCCAACCCUGGAAAUUCUGGCCUCAGCCAGUCUGGGCAAGUCUAAGCCAGAGGCUUCUCUGCAGUGGGUCCCAGCAGUAGACCAAGAACAUGGACAGGCAAGGUGGUAGAUUGGUCUAUGCCCAUAGUGGCAAAUCUGUGGCACAAGUGCCAGAGGGGGCACUCAGAGCCCUCUCUAUAGGCACACCCACUGUUGCCCCAGCACAGAGUUCACCAGAGUACAUUACUAGAAAGCCAGAGGGACUUGGGGCUGGGCUGAUCCCUUCCCCCUCCAUGGGCACCAUGGGACAUUUCUCACAUCACCCAUACCUCUAAAAGGUUUUCCAUCACUGGUCUAGGCCAUCAUGGGCCCAAAGGGGCUGCAUGGUGCUGCCAACUGACGUCCCUGUGAGUAGGAGAACCCAGGAUACUCCUUGCCUUUGACUUCUUUCCACAGAGGCCAAGAGAAAGAAGGACAAAGCAGAAGAGACGAACAAGAGAUCAAGUCCUUUGGUCAAAGGCUUGCCCCUUCCUCUACCAGUGAGGGCAGGAGAGGCAAGCACAGGCUUUCUCCACUAGCUGUAGGCCUAUUCUUCCCUUCACACUCAUGAUAGGGUAUCUUCUUUGCUUCUCAGCAGUGGUUGGGUGGGAGCUGUCCAGUGUGGUCACCCCUGUGGUACCACUUCCUGUGACCUGCCAUGCUGCAUAUGAUUCCCAUUUUCAUUCAUUUUUAGUGGCAAGCUAAGCAAGGAACAUGCUAGGGAGGGGAUAUCAGAAGUGUGUCAUACUUUACACUCUCUUCUAGGCCAGGGCCAGGCGAGGGUCAGUUGGGCCUCUCAUCAUGGGUAGGGACAGGGGCAGACCCUGCCUUUGUGGCUUGGAAGGCUCUUUGCUUACUGAGAAGUUUAUGCUGAAAUGGGAUCUGACCAACUUUUAAAUGUCUCCAUUUUUAGAAGUUAGCAGGAAAGGGAAUGGCAUGUUUUACCUAAUGGGACCAGAUUUAAUUGUAGCAUCAUGUUAUUCCCCCAAGUGCCUUCUGCAAGCUGACUGAGUUCAGAGAGUUUGAGGAUUACAAGAGAAAGAGAACCACAUUUCAGUCAAAUCUCUGUCCAGUCGAUGGUAAUCAACAAGGAAAGCCGAAAGGAUGAGAGGAGUCCUAGUUCACACAGAGGAUCAGCUGCUGUGAUCCAAAGGAAACAUUUCAUCCCGUCAAAUGAACAGAUCACUAAUACCCUCAACAAUUGAUUUUAAAAUAGUUUAUUCUUUUAAAAACAUUUUAAGGCAAAUGGUACCUUGAAAUUAGCUCUUUACAUUCAUCAGUCUUACAGUAUGACAUCCCAAGAUAGAAAUCAUUAGUGGAUCCUCUCAGUUCAGUCUCAGAACAAAAGAGAAACAGUGGAAAGUGGCUCUAAAAUGGUUUUCUACUCUACCAGACAGGAGGUACCUAUGCUCCAUCCCCAGGAAAAGAAAGAGGCUGUCUCUCUUCCUUCUCUCAUAGUAUCAAAUGACAGCUUGACAAUUGGGGCGUCCUGAUUUCCUGAGGUCCUCGAGUGUUUCAGCUCCAUUCCAUCUCUGCCCUGCUGUCAUCCAAGAGCACUGGAGACAUUUGCCUGAGUUAGUGGGUUAGACAGGAAGACUCAUCAGGAAUUGCUCCUUUCAAAUUCUCCCUGUUUAGUAGUGUUAUGAAUGAACAGUCUUCAUGAAAUUUUGUGAUAUUUUCAGGGCAGUAAAAGCACCUAAGAAGUUUUGAGAUAAAUGCAAAUACACCAAGAGACAAAACUGAAUGUCCCACUCUGGAAAUUGGUGAUUUUUGCCAGUGUCCAGUGAAACUCUUGGGGAAGGUCCUGACUCAGUGGAAGAGAAGAGAACAUGGGCCUUCUUACGAGUUGCCAGAUGAAUAGGCCAAGACACCCCAAGCCACAUGCCUUGGCAACAUAGUGUAAUGAGCUGGGAACUUAAUGGAUCUCAGUGGCAGAGCCUAUGGUUAAGAUUCUGUGGCCUUCCCUCUUAAUUACUGAGCAUGUAAAUAUAUAUGUAAAUAAACAAGCUUCUACGGCUGACAGCUUUCUUUGGUAAGAAUACUCAACAAUUCACAGCAGCAAUGAGAGCUCUUCGGUCAUCCUCCUUAGGCAAACAGCAUUUAGUAAAAUGUGAGGCAUCGUUCAGCUGGAUAGAGACAAAGACCAGACAGUUUGUGCAAACUGCAAUUUGAUGUGGCAGAUCUUGCCCUGAGGGGUCAGCCAAUAAACUUUAAAUGCCUACUGUGUGCCAAGCACUGUAAAUGAAUGUGAACAUGGAGUCUAUGGAACAGACUAAGUUGAGAAUACAUUCUGCAUUGAUAAGCAGAAAUGAAACAUUCUCUAAGACCUUAUUUCCAAAAAUUAAGAGGAGCUGAAUCAAAUUUAGAAGAAUAAGAGAUAAUCCCCAAUUGAUAGAUGGCUAAAUGGAUGUGAACAGGCAGUUCUCCAGGAAAGAAAUUUGAGCUUUCAAAAGCCAGAUGAAGAAAUGCUUCAGAUCACUAAAAGUGAGAGAAAUGCACAUUAAAGCAACUCUGAGGUUCCACCUCACAACCAUCAGAGUGGCAAAGUUGGCAAAGGAGGAAAAUGGCAAAUUUUGGAGAAUCUGUGGGGAAAAGGUCCAAUUGGUAGAGAAUGGUCCAGCCAUUCUAGAAAGCAAUUAACAUUGCCUAAAAAGUCAUUAUAAAUCAUUAUAAAUGCCUAUAUCACAGAGAGAUCAAAGAAAAGAAAACUAUACGAGUGCAAAAAUAUUACAACUUUUUAAGGUGACAAAGAAUUAGAAACUAUCAAAUGGGGAGUAAUGAACAAAUUAGGGCAUAUGACUGCAUCAAGAAAUGAGAAAGAUGGCUUCAGAGAAACCUGGGAAGACUUGUUUGAACUGAUGUAGGGUGAAGUGAGCAGAAGCAGGAGAAUGAUAUAUACAAUCACAAUGUUUGUGAAGAUAAGCAACUUGGAAAGACUUAAGAUCUCACAUCAAUGUAGUGGCCAAAUGAUACCAAGGACCAACACUGAAACAGUCUGCCUAUCUCCUGCUAGAUUGGUGAUGAACUCAACCUAUGGAAUGAGACAAACAUUUUUGGACCUGAUCAGUGUGGGGAUAGGUUUUCCUUGACUGCAUAUCAAGGGUUUUCCUUUUCCUUUUUUUCCCUCCACAGGGUAGGGUGAGGUGGGGUGGUGGUGGCAAAGGGUAGGAGGUAAAGAGAGAAAAUAAAUGCCUACUAGUUGAAAAAAGAUAUGGCUUUUAAAAUAAAAAGGUCCAGGACUUUGUUUUGUUCCAUCCACUUUGUAUUUCUAAUCUGCCAGAAAACCAUGUACCUUAACUGACAUAAGCAUUCAUAGAAGACAUGUUAAGAAGCCUCCUAUACUUUUGGUUGAUUAAAGUACUUUUGUGUAAUGUGA